GAAGAUGGCAUCUCGAGGGUAUGAAUGGGACCGAGAAUUCUGGAUGGGCCCAGGCCUGGCCAGGAAGAGGAUAAAAGCCACUGGCUCCCACCAGCUGAGCAGAGCAGCUCCAGGACCAUCGGAGAGGACUCAGCCCCAGCGCUCUAAGUCAGCCACAGAAGCAGAGAUUCUGUGCCACCUGCACCUCCAGCCACCUUCCCACCGCACCCUGGCUCCCUGGGUGGGCCCCAUACGCAUGCUGUGGCCUCAACCCAGCACCGUCUUUGCUGAGCUGGAGCGGGAGGUCCGAUGGGAGAUGGAGCGGACCCGGGAUUUUAUGAGCGGUGUCCAGAAGCUCUUAGCAGGUGAAGGGAGCAGUAACCCCAGCAGAGAACAAGAGCAGAGCACCAACAUGACCCUGCCCCAGGGAACAGACAGGGGCUUCACCAUAUCCCAGGACAUUAAGGGCUUUGCCCCUGAGGAGCUAACAGUGAAAUUGGUGGGCAAGAAGGUGUUGCUGACAGGCAAGAAGGAAAUGCAAAGUGAGGACAGUAAAGGCUCCUUCUCCUACAAGUCUGAGGUGUUCAAGUGGGAGUGGGACGUGCCCGAGGGCGUGGACCCCAAUGACGUGACCUGCUUCAUCUCCAGUGAGGGCCAGCUGUGCAUUGAAGCGCCGCACCAGGCACUGACAGCCACUCCUGAGAGGAACGUGCCCAUCCAGAUCACCCCGGUGGGGAGUGAAGCUGCAGUGUGCUCCAAGGAGGGGGCCAAUGGCAGAGCCAAGGCAUAACAGGGACUGAGAGCUGACACCUGUCGCGCUGGCGGAGCCAGGGAGAGCAGAGAGCAGUUUCUCGGAGCAGCAUCAGAGCUGAGAGUUAUCGGAGACUGAUGCAGGCCCCGUGCGGGUGGGAGGGUGCUAGGCACUGUCUAACUGCCCAUGAGAUGUGUAUUAUAUCACUUCUUUUUAUAUGAAAUAAAUGGGUUUGUCUUUUC